AUGGAGACUAAUAGAAACUUUAAUUCAAUGCAAGAUUAUGCAGUAACCAACGUGGAACCAACAGCAUUCUACUUAUCAGAGUUUUUAUCAGUCAAAGAGGAACAGUGCAUCUUAUCGAAUAUUUACUCAGCACCUAAACCUAAGUGGACACAGCUAUCAAACAGGAGGCUUCAGAACUGGGGAGGAAUUCCACACAAUAAAGGCAUGAUUGCUGAAACUAUACCACAUUGGCUCCAGAAUUAUUUAGAUAAAAUAAACAAUUUAAACUUAAUGGGAGGAAAUAAACCAAAUCAUGUACUAGUUAAUGAGUAUACACCCGGACAGGGCAUUUUGCCUCAUUUAGAUGGCUCUUUAUUUUAUCCAACUAUAACUACAAUAUCUGUAGGAUCUCAUAUUGUGCUGAAAUUUUGGGAACCACCACUUAAUGCCAAUGAAAAUGCUUUAGAACUGAAACCUGUUUUUUCCUUUCUCUUGGAACCGAGAAGCCUAUUGGUGUUACAAAAUAAAUUAUUUCAUCACUAUUUACAUAGUAUAGAGGAAAUAAAAGAGGAUGUUAUUGAUGAUUCAAUAUCCAAUUUACACAUGUGUUCAGAUCAAUAUAAGAAGGGGUCCACCGUUGUCCGUGGAACUAGAGUGUCUCUAACUAUAAGGCAUGUGCCUAAAACUACUGCAUUUAAAAUUAAUAUUGGCAGUAAAAGAUAA